GAGCGCCGAUGCUGGGUUACACGGUGCUGAGCAUCGCGCUGACGCAUACCGGUCGUCUAUCCCCGCCGCUGACGCCGAUCGCUCGCGCCCCUUCUCUGAGCUGCAAUCGCGCUGGCCGCAUCGCGAGCGCCGAGACGACUGAGGCGGCGGAGCCGCCAGCAGCAGAGGAGGCGGCAGACACGGUCUUCACCCUCUCGCCCCGCGACGAUGGGUGGGACGACCUGCGCGGCGCGAUUGUCACGGCCCGCAAGGAACGGUCCGGCGCGUGGGAGCAGCUUCAGAAGCAGUACGUCAGACCGGUCAGCCGCGUGGCAAAGGUGGUUGUCGAGGAGGUCGCGUCCGUGGCACCGCCCGUCGAGGGCGUCAAGGAGGUGCUGGACGUCGCCGCAAAGGCGCCGGCGAGCCUCGCGGCGAUCCGCAAGGGCAGCACCGGCAAAAAGCUCGAGCCGCGGGACGCAGUCUUUGCCUUUGCCGACCUGCUCGAUCGGCUGGCGGAGAAGAAGCAGCAGCGCAGCGGCGAAGGCAAGCCGCCCGUCGCAUCCACGCGGCAGGCCGCAAAGGCAGAGGCCCCGUCGGGCAAGGAGGUCGCGGUCGCCACCUACCAGGUCGGCGCUCUCCUCGCCAUCCCGGGGCUGACGCUCCUCUACUUCGUCUAUUCGUUUGUCCUCAACUGAGGUUCUCCUCCGUCCAACCGCGCGUGGCGUCGCGUGGCGCGCCCGCUGUUGCGCCGGCUCCGCUUGCCGCACUCAGCGACCCCGAGGGGCCCGUCAGGGUACGGUUCGCACGUCUUUCGAAACAUUAUGUGUGAGCUAGUGUGCGCGUGGAGAUCCACACCCACACGCGACGGCGCGGGGACGCCCCCCGGAGCCCGGACGGGCUACACCGUGCGUAAUAUUAUAUUAGUAAUAAACUGGCCGAGAGAGA